AUUUAAUGUUUCUUUUGCAUUUUGUAUAUAUGGUAUAGAAGAUGAAAACUACACUUAAACUUAAUGACUUUAUUUUGAUACAAUGUUUACUUAUGUAUUACUUCAUACAACAAUAUCACGUGGCAUAUGCUCGUUGUAGUUGGGGCUCGUGGUUGUCAUGGAAUUGCUCAUGUUGUGGAAAUUCCUACGAUAUUCAGGUAUUCAGAGUUAGAGCUAAGUGUUGUAAUCAUACUCAUGAAUGUCCAGCAAGGAGAAUGUCGUCUUCAGAUAUCUUGGAUGAAAAUAAAUUUGAAGAAAAGAGCAGUUGUUUGAAGGAUUGCGACAAGCUAUUUUCUAACUACAAUCCUCACACUUGUACUUCAUCAAAGAUGAGUCUAAACGAAAUUAAAGAACAAAGCAAAAUCAAAUCAUGUAAAGCCACAUGCUUAGGCACACCAUCAACAACAACAACAAGAAAAACAACAACAACAACAGCAUUUGCUGCAAAACCAACAACCACCAAAGUAACUCGUGAAACUACUUUACACAACGUUACUUCUCAAACCACCCAAACAUUUCGUGGAGGUGAGAACGAUACUAUUCCAACAAGGAAUGUCCAACAUAAAACGUCGAUAACUUCCUCUUUGCAAACUAGCAGCUCAAUCAAAGAUACAACAAUAUUUCCAGGCGAUGUUACAGUACACGUUUCAAAGAGGAUGACAUCGGCAAAGACGUCAGUCACAUACCCUUCUUCUUCCAAGUUUCAAUCUAGUUACACUGUCAGUUCUGAGAUAAACACACAGUCAAUUGGUUGGAUAAUUGGUGGAGUGAUAUGUCUCGUUGUUAUGGCAAUUUGUAUUGGUAUGAUCGGGCAAAAUAUAAAGCAAACUAGAGAAAGACAACGAUCUGAACAUCAUGAACAAGAUUUCUAUAAAUUAUAGUAUUAAUGUGAUAAAGAAAUUGAAUUUUAACCAAACAUGAUUGUUUCAGUGAUCAAUUGGAAUUAAAGAAUAGACAUGACCUGAAGUACCACGGUAGGACAAACGUUUACACUAUGUUUAAAUUUUCAGAACAAAAUCUUUAUCUAAGGAACAUAUCACGUGUAGUUUUGAACAGUCAUUUCUAUUCUUGUAUGCUUUCUUUCUUUCCAGAAAUAUACAUAUUGAAUAUAUCAUUUCUCUAGCGUCUUAUUCCUUUGUAUGAUUUCGGUUUUCCACGUUUCAGAUGACUUCAUUCAUUGGCGAUUCACAAAGGCGAUAGCCCUAGGGGAGGGAGCUCCUUAACUUUAACACAUUUUCAUCAACAUAUAGAAAUAAUUUUAACUAUGUUUUUCAAUUGGAUUAAAACAUGAAGUAAUGAUAAUAGUUUUCUCAACUUUAUUGAUGUGUAAAAAUUAUAACGUAUUAUGUACUGAAAAUGAAAUGUAUAACACUGAUUAGGUCCUUAAGACAAAUUCAACUUAUAUUUACCUAUAUUUGUGAAUAAAAGGAAGGUUAUUUAGCAAUAAUUACACAGAUAUGCUUUUCCCCCGAGUUAUGUUUUCAUAGUUUUAUACAGUAAACAAAAUAUCAACAUAAAGAAGUGACCUGCAUGUAUUAUCAACAAAAUGAGUUAGUGUUUUGAAAUAAUAAGUAUUUGUAAUUCCAUUCAAGUACUUGUACA